AUGUAUUUUUCCUAGGGAAUCCCCAACCGUCAUCGUCCCUGAUACCAUUACACAGUGGAUUGGAAGUGGGUUCUGUAUCUCCUCAACGACUGGCUUUGGUAUCUCCGAACCCUUCUCAGUGACAGCUUACAAACCGUUGUUUGCGGAUUACAAUCUCCCGUACUCUGUCAUACGAGGCGAGGAACUGGAGCUUCAAAUCAACAUCUUCAACUACUUAGAAAAGUGCUUACCGGUUGAGGUAACUCUGACUCCGUCUGCUAAAUUUGAGAUCAAAGAGAAAUCCAACAGCAAAUACACUUGCGUAUGCAGCAGCUCUGAACCAACCCAAGUGACCUUUAACGUUCGGCCCACAGCAUUAGGGGACGUUGAUCUGGAAACAACUGUGAUCGUUGUGUAUGACCAGACUGUAUGCGGAGAGAAACCUGUUGAAACUGAUGUAAGACACAGUGAUGGACUAAGCAAACCUAUUCUCGUAGAGCCUGAAGGAGAGGAGGUGGAGGAAUCGCUUAGUUUGUACUUCUGUCCAAAAGAAGAGAAAGGCGGCACAUUCAGGCAUACAUUUGAGAUCUCAGUUCCGGUGGAGUAUGUUACGGACUCGGGCAGAGUUACUAUAUUCUUGUCAGGGGACAUUCUCGGCAAUAGUCUUGCGAACAUCGACAGACUGCUCAGGAUCCCGUCUGGAUGCGGUGAGCAGAACAUGAUCGGGUUUGUACCAAACAUCUACGCGCUCCAGUACCUCCAAGCGACCGAACAAGCUGACCAAUCACAAGUCAACAAAGCCUUGUCAAAUAUGAGGAAAGGAUACCAGAAGCAGCUCAAUUACCGGCGUAGCCUCGGGUCUUACUCAGCGUUUGGUAACCGGGACCCAUCAGGGAGUGCAUGGCUGACAGCCUAUGUGAUUCGCUCCUUCGCUCAGGCCAGUCCAUUCAUUACCAUCGAUACAAAGGACCUUGACGUCAGUAUUAAUUGGCUGUACAACACCCUCGGACAAGAGGAGAAUGGGUGUUUCCGGUCAAGGGGUCGCGUAAUCCACAAAGAGAUGCAGGGUGGAGUGAAUGAUGAGGUGACUUUGACAGCGUUCAUAGUCGUUAGCUUACUGGAAGCCCAGCAGCCUUUGGAAACCCAGGCUAUCCAAGACGCGUUGUCCUGUAUCCGCAACUCUAUCGGCAGUUUGGAAGACACAUACACUGCCGCCCUCAUCGCCUACGCCCUGAGUAUAGCUAAGGAUCCCAACGUCAAUAAAGUUCUGGAAUACCUCGAAUCAGUCGCCAAAAAUGAAAAUGGAGUGAGAUACUGGGUAAGCAGCCGAACCCAGACUCCGGGAUCGCGUAGAUACAACCGUGGUGCAACCGCUUCCUCCCUCAGCAUUGAGAUGACCGCGUACGUACUCCUAACCUACAUCAAUGUUUACGGUCAUGACGCCAUAGCCCGCGGCUCGGCUAUCUCCAAGUGGAUUGUCUCACAGCAAGGCCCUAACGGAGGGUUUAAAUCGUCUCAGGACACCGUCGUCGCCAUUCACGCUCUCGCUGAGUAUGCCCGUCUUGUGUUCGGCGGCGAGUCUAACCUGGGUAUUGCGUUUAGCUACCAGGAGCCUUUUUCGUUGAACUCAAUAUUCAUCAUCCAUGAUGGAAAUCGUCUCGUUCUCCAGCGGGCCGACCUCGACCAACUUCCAAAGGCCAUCGACGUCAUCGCUAUUGGCGAAGGAUGUGCCCUUCUUCAGGUUAUCAUCCGAUAUAACGUUCAUCCGGCUCUUCCUCCCGCACCAGCCUUCGACAUCAGUUUUAACGUGGGUCCAACGACGCAACAACUUGAAGACGCCUGCCAAGAAAGCUUUAAUCUCAAUGUGUGUGUGAGGUAUCUCGGUGAUGAUGGAUUUUCCAACAUGGCCAUGGUCGAGGUGAAGCUAGUUACUGGUUUCGUUCCUGAACAAAAGUCCUUUGAUUUACUGAAGAAUGGGUUCUACCCAGAACUCACUAGGGCUGAACAAAGAGACAAGAAGGUCGUCUUGUACUUCAACGAGUUUAACGCCAAACCGUUGUGCUUUGAUCUGGAGGUUAGACGUGUCCAUCACGUCACAGAUCCAAGCCCGGUCUCAUCACGGUUUACGACUACUACGCGCCAGAUGUCAUUCUCUCCACCGAGUGGCACAUGGAAUGUGUAAUCGAAGCGAAAGGUGUACCUCUUCAACUACCUGCGGUCGAAGAGCCUGAGGAGCUACCACCCGGCGACCAGUUAUAAGCACUACCAGUGCAGUAGGAGGUUAUCCAAGUCCUUCCUACUGAUGCAGACCAGGCUUAACUUAAUAGGGAACCUGGUGUCAUUGGUGACAUGUUAGGUGACUAACAAUAAAUCGAAUAUUGAUUUAAUGUCUCAAUGUUCUUUAAGCAUAUAUAGGUGAAGGGUAAAUAAAAUAUUGUUUUGAGAAUUGUCACAUUUGGUUUAAGUUUAUUCUUUAAUCAUUAAAUUAUUUAUACACAUUAUAAACUUAAUUUAAGUCAACUGAGACAUCCAGUAGGCUUUAGUUAUUAGA